CGGAAAGAAUAUAAUGCGGUGGGUUCGAAGAAUCGAAUCACUGCGAACCCAACAAAAAAAUCUGAAUCCUUCCUUCCUCACUUCCAUCUUCCAAUUCCCCGAAAAAAUCUUCCCCGUAACCCCGCCGCCGCCUCAAACCAAUCGUACGGCCAGAGCCCCGGCGACCCCCCAAAACCUGAACAUGGAAGCCGCCGGCGGGAAUCUCGAUCUCAACGACACCGCCAAUUCCGCCCUCGUCGAUUCCUUCUGCGAGAUCACCUCCUCCAGCAGGCAGGAAGCCGCUUUCUUCCUCGAGAGCCACCAAUGGGAUCUCGACGCCGCCGUCUCCACCUUCCUCGACAAUGAUAACGCCGCUGUCGCCGUCGCCGCUUCUUCUGCUGCUGCUGCUAGUGCUCGUGCUGUUCCUCUUCCUCCGACUGGUGGCGGUGGCGGUGGCACUCCUUCUCCGGCGGAUUCGCCGGACGAAUCGAUGUCUCCUAACUACUCCCCCUCGCAGUCUCCUGCUAGGUCCAGGUCACGAUCCCGCUCCUCGUCUCCUGCUCCCGCGACUAUGUCUAGGUUGCCCUACCAGCUGAGAUCGAGAGGGGAGAAGAAGAGUAAGAAGACUGGUACGGCUGGUGCUAGUGGGAGUGGGAAUCGUGGUGGAAUUAGGACUUUGGCUGAUCUCAAUCGGAUCCCUGGUGGUUCUGAUAGCGAUGAUGACGACGACGAGCCGCAGGAGUAUUACACCGGAGGCGAGAAGAGUGGCAUGCUGGUCCAAGAUCCUACAAAGCGAUAUGAUGCAGAUUCGAUUUUCGAUCAAGCUAGAAACUCAGGAGCUGUUCAAAGGCCUGAGGAUUCUUCUGCUCGGUCUUCUUCGGCUUCGAGAAGCUUUACUGGAACUGGGAGACUACUCACUGGAGACACAGUUCCUACUUCUGCACAGCCUCCUGAGUCUGUCAAUCAUACCAUCACUCUCUGGAGGAAUGGCUUCACUGUCAAUGAUGGACCUUUGAGGAGGCUGAAUGAUCCUGCUAAUGCCGAAUUCCUCGAGAGUGUUCAGAGAUCCGAGUGUCCAAGAGAGCUUGAACCAGCAGACAGGAGAACUAAGGUCCAUCUUGACCUUGUGAGACGGGAUGAAAACUUUGCAGAACCAGCAAAGAAGAAACCAGCCUUCCAAGGCACGGGCAGAACUCUGGGAACUACCGGUGAUGGUGGAGCCUCAGCAUCAGAGUCACCAGCCGCUCCACCAUUGAAGUCUGCACCAGCUCCGUCGAUCGGUCUGACUGUGGAUUCCUCAUUACCAACAACCUCGAUUCAGCUACGGUUGGCAGAUGGGACCCGGAUGGUCUCCAGGUUCAACCUCCACCACACUGUAAGAGACGUGCGUUCUUUCAUCAUGGCGUCGAGACCUGGUGAAGCUCAAGGUUUCCAGCUGCAGACGAUGGGGUUCCCUCCCAGACAGCUCACCGAUCCAGAUCAGACGAUAGAGGAUGCUGGGAUCGCGAGUUCGGUAGUGAUUCAGAAAUUUUAGAGCAGAGUAACGGUUAAUCUCAUUGCUAGGGCAGUGGCAUUGUUAGCUAAGACGUUUGCUUUUUUGGUUUCGUGACUGUCUUAUUAUUGUCGGAUUGAUUCAGGCUACAUUUAGGAAAAUUGUGAACCACACUCUAAUUAUUCAAAUCAAAACCAAUUAGCUUGAAGAGUUUCAUUUAUUUAUGAAUCCAUUUUCUGAAGCAAUCCAGAGAAAAGUUCAAUGAUUUUUCUUUUGAGUAAUGUCGUUUAUUUUUAACUAGCAUAGGAACCGGCCCGUUGGUCGGGAGAAUUUUGUCAAAAAAUAUGAUAGAUAAUAAUAAAUAUAAUAUAUGAUUUAAAAUACACGAAAUGAAUGUUUGUAUCAUAGUUAUGCACAUAAUAUUUUUGAAAGUGAUCCAACUAUGUAUAAUGUGUUUAGUCCUCUAUAAAAGAAAAAAAAAAGUAUGAUAUAAGCAUUACAUGUAAUUACUGAAUGAAAAAAGAAAUAAAUAAACUAAUUGUCAUUCGUAGUUUAAUUAAAUCAUAUAGUUGAAUAUUAGAGUUGCUUCUCAUAAUACAUAAUUAAUCAACAUUUAGGAUGAAAGAAAAUAUAUUUCAUAGAGUUUAGUAUAUCCUUUAAAUUAUUUUCCAAUAGAGAGCAUUCUUUUUUACCACACAGUUGGUAAUGAAUCUGAAGUUGGUUGAUUAGAAAUAUAUGAAACAUGAUGUUAAGUUUUCGCUAAUAGUUAGUUGAACAAUGUAUUGUGUACGGACUUCCCAAAUUUCUCUCAUAACACAAACAUGUCUAGCAACAAUGUAAUAAUUUUGACUGUAGCAAAUAUUUUUUUCAUGAAGUAAUUCAAUAAAUAAAAAACCUAUGAAAAUCAUAUUAUAUGAAAUAUAUGUUACUCAUUAAGUUGAUGAAUGAGCGAGGAUAAGAAGAGAGGACAACUGCCUUGCUCAAUUUGAGUUUUCUAAUUGAAAGUAGCAAGCCACUCCACUACUGGUAUAUAGGCCAGAUAGAAGGUUGCUUCCUCUAUAUGUGAAGGCAAAGAACAUAUAGAAGCUAGCUUUUUUUUUGUCUUGUAAGCAACCAUGCCUAUAUAAUCAUAAUCGAAUUUUGCUUACCAAAGUGGUCUUACUAAAAGUAAGUAAGCAACCAGUUUCGUUCCAAGUGACAUGGCUUUUCACUAUUCUUUUCCAGAGAUGGUUGCUCAUCCAGCCCGGCGGAUCCAUUGUUUAUGCGGCAGUGCGAUGCAGCUGAAAAAGCCCUUUUUCUAUUAGUAGUGGUUGCGGAAAACUCCAAAACUAGGGUUCGCUACUCUUAUUUUAAAAGGAUAUAAGUUGCAAAGUGUCAUUUGGGUUGAAUGAGAUCGCAUAUUCUCGUUAUCACUAACUCACUUAUGCUUUUUUGCAAUAGAUUGUUCAAAAUGUG